GGCCCCACCCCUGGCCCGCCCCGCCGUCGGUGCGCGGCGGCCGGGAAGGCGCCUCCCGCAGUCGCUCGGAACUGCGGACCCGAGAGCUUCCCGCAGAGGGCCGUCGGUGGGAGCGGAGUGGGUCGGGCGGGGCCGAGCCGGGCCGUGGGCCGUGUGGGGGCCAGGCCGGGCCGGCGGACGGCAGGAUGGGCUGCACCGUGAGCGCCGAGGACAAGGCGGCAGCCGAGCGCUCCAAGAUGAUUGACAAGAACCUGAGGGAGGACGGCGAGAAGGCGGCGCGGGAGGUGAAGUUGCUGCUGUUAGGUGCGGGGGAAUCAGGGAAGAGUACCAUCGUCAAGCAGAUGAAGAUCAUCCACGAAGAUGGCUAUUCAGAGGAAGAAUGUCGGCAGUAUCGUGCAGUUGUCUACAGCAACACCAUUCAGUCUAUCAUGGCCAUUGUCAAGGCCAUGGGCAACCUGCAGAUUGACUUUGCCGACCCCCAGCGUGCGGACGAUGCCAGGCAGCUGUUUGCACUGUCCUGUGCUGCUGAGGAACAAGGUAUGCUUCCUGAAGAUCUGUCCGGUGUCAUUCGGAGGCUCUGGGCUGAUCAUGGUGUGCAAGCCUGCUUUGGUCGCUCACGGGAAUACCAACUCAAUGACUCAGCGGCUUAUUACCUGAAUGACUUGGAGCGCAUUGCGCAGAGUGACUACAUCCCUACACAACAGGAUGUGCUGCGGACCCGUGUGAAAACCACAGGCAUUGUGGAAACACACUUCACCUUCAAGGACUUACACUUCAAGAUGUUUGACGUGGGUGGCCAGCGAUCCGAGCGGAAGAAGUGGAUCCACUGCUUUGAGGGCGUCACGGCCAUCAUCUUCUGUGUUGCCUUGAGCGCCUAUGACCUGGUGCUGGCUGAGGAUGAGGAGAUGAACCGCAUGCAUGAGAGCAUGAAGCUCUUCGACAGCAUCUGUAACAACAAGUGGUUCACCGACACCUCCAUCAUCCUCUUCCUCAACAAGAAGGACCUGUUCGAGGAGAAGAUCACACAGAGCCCUCUGACCAUCUGCUUCCCAGAGUACACAGGGGCCAACAAGUAUGAUGAGGCAGCCAGCUAUAUCCAGAGCAAGUUCGAGGACCUGAAUAAACGCAAAGACACCAAGGAGAUAUACACGCACUUCACGUGCGCCACGGACACCAAGAACGUGCAGUUUGUGUUUGAUGCCGUCACUGACGUCAUCAUUAAGAACAACCUGAAGGACUGUGGCCUCUUCUGAGGGGCAGCAGGCCUGGCAGGAUGGGCCACCGCCGACUCUGCUCCCUACUGCCCCUGAGGAAGAUGAGGACAAGAAGACCAUGCUCCCUGCCUGUUCCCCCAGCUGCUUCGCCCAUCUUUUCUCUCUGUUCUCAGCUCCCCUGUCCCCUCCCUCGGCUCUAGACUUGGGGGAGGGUUUGCCACAGGCCUCCCUGUUUGAAGCCCACCCUUGUCUGAGGUGCCGAGAGUGGCCAUGGUACACCCUUCCUGGGCAUCUGUUCUGGUUUUCCGACCGUUGUCUGUUCCGGGGUGAGAGGGGAGCGCAUGCAGAGUUUCCCAAGGCCUGUGUCUGGAGGGGUACCCACUUCUCCAGCCUAGACCCCUGGCUUUGUCCAACACCAGCCCUGACCCAAGUCCAAAUGUUUACAGGGAGCCUCCUGACUACCCUACCCUCUGCCGCUCGGAGGCCCCAAAGGAAAAAGCACAAGAAGCCUGAGAGACACCACCAUUCCUGGAGACGCAGUCCGCCUGCUCAUACUCGUAGCUUUAAAAAAAAGAAAAAAAGAAAAAAAAAAAAAAGGAAAAAGAAAAAGGAAAGGAAAAAAAAGGAAAACUGCAAACAAACCUAGAAAACUUUUUAGAGAAACCUAUUUAAAGCUGUCAGGUCCUGACCAGCACCUCCCCGCCCCCAGCCCCUUCCAGUGAUUCCGUGCCUUGAGUGUGUCUGCGUGUUUACACCCAUCCCUCUUCGGGCGGCCCCCUGCCCUGCCCUGCCCUCCAUGGAAUUGGAUUCCAAGGGCUGUUCCAGACAACUGCCAAUGUCACUGAGGGCCCUGCCCUGAAGCCCUGGGCCCAGGCUCCAUUAACCUAAAUGUAGCUCCUUAGCGCUAAUCUAGGAACCGCCGCUGCCUGCUGAGGGGCCAAGCCCCUCAGGCCCCUCAUGCCCUCGCCCCAGGCCCGGGUCCUUCAGCGUUGAACACUUCCUUGCUUUUUUCACAUGUUUUAUGGAAUUGUUCACAUGAUUUGAAAUAAUAAAAGGUAGAAACAAAACACCAAGAA